AUGGGUCAUUGUCUAAGCGGGGCUCGGCGAUUCACAGCCAUUUUUUCUCCGUUGCGUUGCCCCUCUAAACCUUCAACUUUUCCGACUUUGAUACGCGCAUUCGGUACAGGAUUCUCAAUCAUGUCGGCUUCUCUUCCCGCCUCUGUUGAGGCUCUCUCGCUUCAAUCAACGGCGCAGACAUCUCAAUUCACAGGAUGCUUCCCAACACUGAACCCGAUGGAUAUCUACCGCGAGCACAUCGCGGAGGAGUUGAGCAAAGUCGGCGGUAUCGAUGCUCAGAAGAUCUACCCGCGCAUUGCUUGGACCAGCACUUUGGACAAGGGUGACCUUUCAUUGCCGGUGGCUUCGCUUCAAAUUAAGCAAAACCCCGUGGAGCUCGCCAAAGAUCUUGUCUCCAAGUUCCCCGCCUCCGACCUUAUUCACCCCCCAACUCAGCUUGGUCCUCAUAUUCAGUUCUUCUGCAAACGUCAGCCAUUGACCAACAAUGUUCUUGGCCGUAUCCUGAAGGAGAAGGCCGCCUAUGGAACAAAUGGCAACCAGGGUCAAAAGGACCCGUCCGACCCCUCCAAGGGCCAGAAGAAGAUCAUCAUCGAGUUCUCGUCGCCCAAUAUCGCCAAGCCCUUCCACGCUGGUCAUCUGCGCAGUACCAUUAUCGGUGGUUUCCUCGCCAAUAUCUACACUGUUAUGGGAUGGAAUGUCAUCAAAAUGAACUACCUCGGUGACUGGGGUAAGCAGUAUGGUUUGCUGGCCAAUGGCUUCAAGGACUAUGGCAAUGAGGAAGCUCUUAUCAAGGACCCUAUCAACCACCUGUUCGAUGUCUACGUCAAGGUCAACCGUCAGGUCAGUGAGCAGGAUGGACCUAUCAAGGAGCUGAAGGAACAGAUCAAGACGAAGAAGGAGAAGAACGAGGAUGUUGCUGAGCUCGAGGCACAGCUUGCCAAGCUUGUGGACGUGAGCGAGGACGAGAAGGCCCGUCGCUACUUCAAGAGCAUGGAGGACGGUGAUCCGGAGGCUCUGGCGCUCUGGCGCAAGUUCCGUGAUCUCAGUAUUGAGAAGUACAAGCAGACCUAUGCUCGUCUCAACAUUGACUUUGAUGUUUACUCCGGUGAAUCUCAAAUCAAGUCUGAGAGCAUGACCGAUGCCUACAAGCUUAUGGAGGAGGCCGGUGUCUCCGAGAAGUCCGAAGGUGCCGUUAUUGUCGACUUCACCAAGCACGGUGCCAAGAAGCUGGGCAAGGCUAUUAUUGUCCGCAAGGAUGGCACUCCUCUUUACCUGACCCGCGAUAUCGGUGCCAUCACUGAGCGUGAUAACGAGUACCACUUCGACAAGAUGAUCUACGUUGUUGCCGCCCAGCAGGAUCUUCACCUGGCUCAGCUCUUCAAGGUCACUGAACUUAUGGGCCACAAGGACCUGGCCUCCCGUUGCCAGCACAUUAACUUCGGUAUGGUCCGUGGUAUGAGUACCCGUAAGGGUACUGUCAAGUUCUUGGAUGACAUCCUGCGUGAUGUCGGUGACAAGAUGCACGAGGUCAUGAAGAAGAACGAUGUCAAGUACGCACAGGUCGAGGAUCCUGAGAAGACUGCCGAUAUUCUGGGUAUCACCUCCGUUAUGGUGCAAGAUAUGACUGGCAAGCGUGUUAACGGCUACGACUUCAACCUGGAUGCCAUGACAUCCUUCGAGGGCGACACCGGCCCAUACCUGCAGUACGCUCACGCUCGUCUGUGCUCCAUGGCCCGCAAGUCCGAGUUGGAUGUGAACGAGCUGGUCAAUGCCAACUUCGAUCUUUUGACCGAGCAGCAUGCUGUCGACUUGGUCCGCCUGCUGGCCCAAUGGCCCGACGUUCUCCUGCAAACUUCCAAGACUCUUGAGCCCAUCACUGUCCUCAGCUAUCUGUUCCGCAUGACCCACAUGUUGAGCUCUAGCUACGAUGUGCUCAAGGUGAUUGGUAGCGAGCCCGAUGUCAAGCAGGCACGUAUGGCGCUGUAUGCCUCGGCCCGCCAAGUGCUCAACAAUGGCAUGCGGGUUCUUGGUCUGAGCCCUGUUCAGCGGUUA